GUAGUGGCGGGAGUUGUGCCUCGUUUUGCGCAGGCGUAAUGGGCGGAGAAAGGGUACGGUCCCAGGAUUGGUCGCGCAGGCGCAGGGAAGGAUCCGUUUUGGCGGGCGGUUGGCGUUGCGCAGAAGGCGGCGGCGGCGGUGUCUUGUGGUCCUGCCUCACCACAGAGGAACAGGGAAGACGUUUGCGUGAGUGAUCGGUCUCGAUUCCAGUCAUAAUCACGGGCUUCUCUUUUAUCUUUACACCUCGAGAGAGUGCGGUCUUCCGUUAGGAACUAAGGAACCCGGUGGCCUUAGUCCUUCAGGUGGAACAGCUUGCAACAUGGGAAAGAAAACCAAGCGGACAGCUGACAGUUCUUCUUCAGAGGAUGAGGAGGAGUAUGUCGUGGAGAAGGUGCUAGACAGGCGUGUAGUUAAGGGGCAAGUGGAAUAUCUACUGAAGUGGAAAGGCUUUUCUGAGGAGCACAAUACUUGGGAACCUGAGAAAAAUUUGGAUUGCCCUGAGCUAAUUUCUGAGUUUAUGAAAAAGUAUAAGAAGAUGAAGGAGGGUGAAAAUAACAAACCCAGGGAGAAGUCAGAAAGUAACAAGAGGAAAUCCAAUUUCUCGAACAAUGCUGAUGAUAUCAAAUCCAAAAAAAAGAGAGAGCAGAGCAAUGAUAUCGCUCGGGGCUUUGAGAGAGGACUGGAACCAGAAAAGAUCAUUGGGGCGACAGAUUCCUGUGGCGAUUUAAUGUUCCUAAUGAAAUGGAAAGACACAGAUGAAGCAGACCUGGUUCUUGCAAAAGAAGCUAAUGUAAAAUGUCCACAGAUUGUGAUAGCAUUUUAUGAAGAGAGACUGACGUGGCAUGCCUAUCCUGAGGACGCGGAAAACAAAGAGAAAGAAACAGCAAAGAGCUAAAGGAGGGGGUGGUCUCUGUCAUUUCUCUUUGUAUAUAAUACAUUCACCUCCCCGCCUCCUCUCCCUUCUGCCCACCCUGUUCUAUCCUAAACACAUCCAUAAAAAAUGUGCUUAUCACUGUGCUCCACAGGAGAAAUGUUGGUAUUGGUUCUCUUGUAACAUAACUGAUGGUCUGAUUCAUGAUAAGUGUCUCUCUGUGAAGACCAGGCAUUUACAUACUGUGUGUAAUUCCCACAAUUUUUUCCUUUGCCCUGAUCUCUUCCUUCUGCUCCCCUGUGACCUCAAGAUGAGUUUUAACUUUUUAAUCCUCUUAGAGCCUUGAUCUUUUCAGGGUUGGUUGCUUUUUAGAUUGGGGGAUUUUGUUACAAUGGUGAUGAAUUUUGGUUUCUUGUUUUGGUUCCUAGAACAUGUUGAUGACCAGCUAGCUUUUGUUUUGAGUUGUUGGGAUGGAAAAGAUGUUCCCAUCUUUUUAAAAAAGCCAAUAGCAACUGCCUACCUGUUGGGGCUUUCCCAACCUCAUUCAGCUCUACCCAGUAGAAUACAGGGUUCCUAGUGUGGUCUUCUGGGCCACCCUCUGUUGUUCAUCCCCACUCAUCCUCCCAGAAUAGCUCCAUCCUUUGGAGGACUUGAAGUUUUACACUCAAAUUUGUCAAGGCACUCUUAGCUCCGGGACUUUGGGCCUUGUUUCUUAGCAAUCCUUGAUUCUGCUUCUGCAAGGUGGUGUAGUCUGUCAUAAAACGACAAUAUUAACUGUGGAGUUUUUUAGUUAUUAGUACAUGAGGAUGAUGGGUUAGGAUUCAGUUGUCUUUAUUAUCACGUAUGGUACAUAUGUAUUAUUUCCUUCCAUCCCUCACAUUUGGACUAUAUAUUUAUGUAGGUGUGAGUGACUGCCUGGUGCUUGCUUGUGCCAAGGUGCUAGGCACCCUCCAGCCCUGCCAACUUUUGUGGCCUCCCAAAGCAUUCCUGUUACCAAAGAGGCUUCAGACCUGACCCUCACUUCUCCGUGGACCCAAGUUUCCCCUCCGUGCCAUUAUUUUCAGUGGGGAAUUCUUGGAGGGGAGCCAUCGGCCACAUCAAAUUUUAAAUAUUCAUAGUGUUUAUAGUCCUAAAUUUCCUGCUUUGAUGACUCCUGGAUUUGCCACCAAGAGUCCCCAAAGUGUUACAGUACUCUUCCCUUUUUCCACCUGCAAACUCUUUGUUGUAUCUUAUUUUAAACUGCAUUUCUGUGGAAGACUAUCACCUCAGAGUGACAGGCCCUGGCGUUAGCAUGCUGACACAACCUUCUGUCCCUACUCAGCAAAAUAUUUCCCUUUUGGCUUCCUCCUGCUUUGCCAUUAUACUGAGAUUAUUAUCAUAUCUUUCUGCCUUUGUGCCCCCAAGAAAUGCCCUACUUCUCUUUAGCCAUUUUCUUUCAGUUGAGGUGGGGGGGAGCUAGAGAAUCCAGACUAAAAGUAAGGAAAUAGCAGGGUUAUGAGCAUCCAUGUCCCAGUCCAGAGCUGAAGAAUUAAGAAUAAACGCUUGAAAUAGCCUUAACUCUAGAGUUCACCAGCCAUUGAGGUGGUUUUUGUUGUUGCUUUUGAUUUUUAAAACGUAUAGCUGUCUGGCCAGGAGCAUUCAGCCAUUUCUAGAUUAUUCAGAGUAAUCGGGGGAAUGGAUAGAUUGCUCCAGUCCACAGAUGAGCUGAAUAAUAUGCAAAUCAUCUACCCAUUCAUAGCAUUUGUUACCAUUGCUUUCCUGCUCAGCUGCUGAUUGAAUUCUGUGUGCUUGUAUAAAUUAUGUCAAAAAUUAUACUGCACAGUUGAGAAGACAGCUGUUGCUGCAGUGACAUGACAGACUGGAACAAUGAAGCUUUUGGUUUAAGUCAUCCAGGAAAAUCCUUCUGAAUGGUAAUGUGAUUGGGUGAGAACUCCUAACCCAUAGCUCAAGUGGGUAGGAGUUUCUUUCUCCAUCUUUCUUUACUCUGAAACAAUUCAAGGUCUAGAUCAACUGCUAGGUAAUUGGUUUGUACUUAAUCUGAUGGGCACCUAAAAGAAAGAAAGGACGGUCAGGAAACAGAUUUGUCCUACAAGUAGCCAAGGAUGUCAGGGUAGACACGAAUAAGACAAAAGUAGGCCAGAGACCCCAGAUUGGUCCUGAGAAACCUAGGGCAUGUGGUUGCCGUAGUUAUAGAUAAUAUUUCAGACAUUCAUCAAAAUCUGAUUUUCUUUUAACAAAGGAAGUAUCAUCUACAACUCAUCAGCCCUUUAAAACCUUACUCUUCACUCCAUCUUUUCUGUUCAUGGUUUAUUGAAUCAUGGUCUUAUACUGAGUGCUGCCAGAACGAUUUUGUUUUUUCCCUGACUGCCCACAGCUGCUUCUGGAGGAAUGUAGGGAGCCAGGGGCCAGUACUGAUUUCAGUCCUCAGCAGAAAGGAAACCAGAUGCCUGCCUGUGCCCCCCCGGCAUUUGUUAGUGCUGAGUAGCUGUGCUGGCCCUUGCAGAAUUGCACCCUCAAAGGGAAACCCGUCUUCAUGGGGCUUUCUCCUCAGAAGAGUUAGGAGCCAUGGGCUAAGCACUCCUAAACAUCUAGGUCUCAGGUACUCGAAGUAUUUUUUUUCCUGUGUUUAGUCUUUUUUCAAAAGGUCUUUCUAAGACUAAAUUUUUCUUCUAGUAAUCCAUAUUCAAGGAUCUCCCUUUCCCCAGAAGGUAGCAGAGUCUUGCCCAGCAGAGUUGACCAAGGUCAGGGUAGCUGCUUUUCUGAGCCCUGCUCUGGGCCAAUGCCCUCAUGUCAGGAUUAGCUGUUAGGAACAUGGGCCCUGAUGGAAGCACCCAUUUUUAACCUGGAGAGAGCCAUAUCGGUUUUCCUCCACAGUUUUCGUCUGCUCAAGGGAGCAUUUGAGCCUAUGGUGUUCCUUAAUGCUCACAAGUCUAGGUGGUCCUUGGCUGUCCCACAGUUGUAUGUGUGAACUGCUUUUUAUUGAAGGCUAUGAAAGAUAGUCCUGUUUCCAUAGCUUGGGCAGUUAGGUUAUUCUUAACUCUUUUCAUUCCUGUUCUGUAGCUUGCCUCCUACAGUCAAUUUUCUGUCUGUUCAGGCUUUUGGGAAGGUGCUUGGGAUUUUCAUCUUGUGAUUCUAAUGCUGGCCGUUGGAUCAGCAUUUAGUCUAGCUCACUUAAGGUACAGUCAGGGGUCAGAGGGAUCUGUCUUGUGUUGGGCUGGGGAGCCAUUGUUUUUGCCCUUAGGGUGUGACUUGGAGGGCCUGAAAUAACUACUUUGCAGUGAUAUGAGAACCCCAGGAAGGGUAAUGUCAUUAGAUUUGAAAUGUGGAAGUUGUUUCUCACAAAUGAGGUCAAAGGAAAAGCUCAUUUUGUACCAGCAUAAAAAUCACACUGUUGCGGUCUAUACCUUUGUAAUCGAACAGCCAAGGAAACAUACCUGUGGCAAGGUGGAGAGAGGAAUGGUCUGGAUCCAGUGUAUUGUAGUUUCAUGCUGGCUUUAUCACUAAUCAUAAAAGUUACAUUUUCAAAAACAGAGCUAUUACCAGCCUUGCAUCCAGGAGUAUAUGCUCAGAAAUCAGUGCCCCCUACCCAGUUAAUAGAAGUGGAUUUGUAUUGAAUUGUCCGUAUUCUAGCCACCGUAGUGUACUUCAGCGUUCGUUUUGUUCAAGCAGUUUCGGCCUUGAGGGUACAGAGUUCAGGAAGAUGCAGUCUCUGGCCUUAAAGAACCUUGAUGCUGAUGUGGGAUGAACUGACUGAACAGUUCAGUGUAAUAAAUACUAUAAAUGGGGACACAUUUCUGAUUUGGGGGCAGUAAGAGGGCGACAGUGGAUUCAUAUAUGGAAAAGACCUGUGACCUUGGAUGAACUGAGCUAACUGGCCGUAGAUGGGAUACAACGAGGGCUUGUCUUAUUCCAGAAGAUAAGAAUAACUGAAGGUUGGUUAGAAAUGCUGUUGCUGAGAGUGAAAACAGGUGAGUGGAGAUUGAGAACCCCUCAUCUUGAUCCCUGUUUUAGGCUCUUUGCCAAAGUAUUUAACGGUCUAGUGAAUCCUUGUUUGUGGAAAGCAUAUUAAUCUUAUGUCGCAGAUCCAGUUCAGUGCCCAGUUCGGUGCUGGUGACAUAUUGUGAGUUCUAUAACGUUUAUUCCCAUCAGAGUUGUUCACACCUUUUUCGUUUUCUCCUCCCUUUUGGAAGAAUUAACGUGAGGUUGGCUUUAACCCUAAAAUGAGGACAUACUUUUCGAUGACAAGAGAUUUUCCACAGAGAAGGCUUGGGGCACAUCUGUAACAUGUGAGCAUCUGUUCUGUGCAGUAUAGUUUUAUUCAACACUGCAAGGUGGUGAUAUCUAAGCAGACUUGUGUCCUUAUGUGGAACUCUGUCCUGGAAAUGCCCAUACCCUGAAGUUUCAGAUAUACUUAGUCUAGGGAAGUCAGGAGUGAAGCCUAACCCUGUGAAGAACCAGUUUGACUGUCAGAAAAUUCUCAGUUCUGGACUGUGUAACCACAAGAAAAAGAGACUUUUCGCUGCCUGGAUAACUGAAAGUUGACUGACUUUGGUAGUCAGAAUUCCCAGGAAUGAAGAGGAACUGUUCUGGAAAAUUACAAUGUGAAGGUUCUUUGGAUAGCUUCAUGAAGACAAUUCUAAUUUCUUUGUGCUUGUGCUGGAUUUCUUGAAUUUUAAACUACCUCAUCUUGUCUUUUUAGAGUGACUUCAACUUGUCAUUGCCACUCUAACAUCGUGCUUGACUUUGGUGGUUUUCUAACAUGGAGCUUUUUCUAUGCCUUGACCGCAUGUUCUCUUGCCUUUUCGUCCUGAUCCUCAUUUCAUCAUCUCAUAUUGUUCUUCUGUCACAGAAAUGUUUUAAAAUAGCUUAAAGUCUUGGUUUAUGGGAAGUGAUCCUCCACUGCUGUUUGUCUCUGGGAUCAGUAAGAAAGAGUUAAAGCAUGAUGUUGGGGGGAGGGGAUGGAACCUGCACUGGAGGCAGCUGAGGAGGGAAGAGCCAUUAAUUAAGACAAUUUCAAAGUCAACUGAUUGUGAUCAUUAAUGUCACAAUAGAUCAAAACCUAAUUAUCACAGCCUAGGUAAGUGCCAUCAGUAUUAAUCGGAAAAUCUAAUAGGAAACUAUUAUCAAGAAAUUAGGCUAAAUUGAAUGCAAUGAACUUUUUAUCUUGCCAGUGUGUUUGUGUGUGUGAGAGAGAGAGCUGCCUGUCCCCUGGCAUUGACAAGUGUGACCUCACAGUCGAUCCAGGCACCAGUGGCCAGCUCAUCACACUUUUGGAGGAAUUCCCAACAGACUGAACCUGAACUGUCAUUGUCAUUUUAAUCAGUCUUGAAUGUUACCAUCAUCUGGGAUUGUCCAGUGUUGAUCACCAAUUAGUGAAAAAAGGUGUAUAUUUAGAUCUUGGAAUGGUCGGUCCUUCCUGGCACUAGAGUAACCCUGGUGGACAUCAGACCAUGUGUGUUGGCAAAUCAUUCUUUGGGCUUCUGACAUAUGUUAGGUCCAGCUGCUCUGGCUACUAUGAGGGGGUACAGAGGAAAAGAGGCUUCCUGCCUGGAGAGUCUUCAAGGAGACCCGAGAAGAUAGAGUUUAAUCGUGUCACAGCACUUUUAAGGCUCAAGUCAGUGUUCUGCAGUUUCCAGUAGCUUUAGGAUUUGAUUCUAAGCUAGGGCUGACUGUGGGUUUUGUUUUUUUCCCCCCCUAGUUUUAGGGCAAGGGUUAGGGCAAGGGUCAUAAUCAUGACUACUGGAGUCGUCGUAAGUCCAAAGGGGGAGGGGGGGGUGUUUUUCCCUUUAGCUUUCUGUUGUCAAAAAGUUAUGCCCCUGUCAGGUACUUCAAGAAUAUUACAAGUCUUACAAGUAGUUCUAGAGAACACUUCAUCCCCUCUUCUGAACAGAAAACUAGGUUUCGCCAUUCAUAUCCUUAAUUUCGAGAGCCAUUCAUGAAGAUCCUGCAACUCCUGAAGUUGCGCUGGGACAGAAAGUUGGAAAGAUGCAGCCUUGUGGGCACUGAGGGGAAGGACAAGCAGCCGCCGAAGGACUGCCGCCUCGUGGCUCGGCCUGUAGGGAAGGCUGCUGCUGCGGGCACUGCUACUGCUAGUUUUGCCCCCUUCCCUCCACCCCUCCUAACCUUGUAGCUCCAAGCAUGACCAAGAUCACCGCUAGGGACGAGGGUCUUGCUUAAAACGAGGUUUUGUUCUUGAAUUUCAGGAUUUAGGAAUAGGGGUUCUCACACAACUCUGGGAAAUCAGCAUGACUUAGUCCUUCACCUCUUAUGAUAAAGUGAAUAUUUUGUUACAAAAGAAUUCAUGCCCUUACUGCUUGAAAUGUAAUUUUAUUUGCAAAAUAUCCAUUAACACAUGACUUUUAGAAGCAGUUUGUAUCUCCAAGCUUCCUUGCGUUAUGCCAGCUAAUAGGCCCUCUGCUAAUACUUGGGGGUUGAUGGAGAUCAUCUAGUUUGCGGUGUAAGGUGUACCUGCUGACUUCUUUUGCUCGCUAGUGCACCCUAAGAAGUAAAAUGCCCUGGGGAGUGGAACAAGAAUUGAGUGGAUGCUGACUAUGUGUGCCAACCUUCUCAACUGAUUCAUAAUGGCUGACCUUGGGCAAGUCACUCCUUUCAAUGCCUCAGUUCCCCAUCUGUCAAAUGGGGUUAAUGAUACUGACCUACCUCACAGGGGUGUUGUGAGGCAUUGUAAAUCAAAGUUGGUAGAGUACCUUAGGGUCCUCGAUGGAGGAUGCCUUGAGCCGAAGUCCAAUGUCUAGGCCUGACACAGGCUUUAGUCCUCACUGAGCUGUCCCAAGGUUGGAACUGCUAGUGACCUCGGCAAGUUCUCUGCCCCCCACCCCUCAUCAAAGCUGCUAGUUCAGAUGUUGACAGUGUUUUUGUGAAUGUUGGAGUCUUCAUAGUCCAGACUUAGGAUGUUAUGGGGGAAGGCACUUAGUAUUUUCUAUGUCUUGCAUCCACAAAGAGAGGCUGUUUCAGACCCAAGAGCAUUGGAUUAGGGAACCAUGAGGCAGGGACACUAUUGCUUGUUUCUCUCUGCAGGUUGUGUAUUAAGGUCUUGUUCCCCAUGGGAUUGGAGCAGACUCCAGCUGUCUCAGGAGCAAAGUGUACACAGUGGGCUGAAUUUAUAGCGUUGAUUUUAUUGCCCCCUGAAUUGAAUCACUGCACCCCUUGCCUCCCCAUAGGAACCAGCCGGUUCAAAAAACAUAACCACUUUCUCCAUCCCCUACCAAAAAAGAGCCACUUUGGGAAAAUUUUUGUGUAGAGAUCACAUUUAACACUCAGAAUUAGGCAGUGAUACUCCUUAGAGCUUCAUCCAAUUUACUCGUUUUGUCGUCUUUUUCUCAGUGUCCACAGUCUGAAUCUGACCUUGACCUCUUUUUCCUCUGGUUUGGGAAAACUUUGGACACUAUUUCUAUUUGCCCAGAUGUGGGCUCAGCCAGCUCCUCUUCCCAACAGGGCUCUUUCUCCUUUCCCCCUCCUUGGCCCUAGACGUGUAACCCACGGAAAAGCACAAGGUCCUGGCCCCUUGCUGCGGUCACAUUCCGGUGCUCCGUGCUCUGCGGACUCUUCAUUCCGCGCUUGCGGCACCAGGUGGUUCUGUGGAGUUUUGGAGGAUGGAGAGUGCAGUCUGACCUCCUGCCAAGUAGCCAGGAGUUGACUCACUUGUGGCCCAGCAGCCCCUGCCCUUUCUCACAGGAUGGGAUCUGAGAGACUCGAGGCUGGGCUUCUCUCCACACUCUGUCCCAUCCUGAGUAGCAAAACACAUCACACUUGGUAGCCGGAUUUCUAAGCGGAAAAAAUGGGAAAUUGAAUUCUCUAUGGAUCUUUUUGGUUUGUGGGGGAGUUUUGGUUGUGUUUCUUGGUUUUAGUUCAGCCAAACAUGUCUGCUUUUCUUUUUUUUUUUUCUUUUUUUAUUUUUUUAGGAUAAGUGAUAUAUAUAUAUGUUCGCCUUUUAAAUGUAAAUGUUUAAAAGUAGGCAAUUUAUGUGUUUCCACAACUGACAUUGAUGCAGACCUCAUUCUCUCCCCCUCUUCCACCCUCCUCUUUUCCCUCUUUUCAUACUCUUGUAUUGGUUCUAAUAAAUGGUUGCUUUUCAAAUAUG